CAACAUGUUGACUUUUACAGUGAAAUGAAGACACUGCGCCGUGUGUGUCUCUGUAAACACACCGCAGCCAUCUUCAGUAUUUUGCAGUCAGACUCCGCAGUGAAAACAUGGGGGGUGUUCUUGGGCUUUGUUCUAUGGCGAGUUGGAUCCCCUGCCUUUGUGGCAGUGCUCCUUGCCUCCUGUGCAGAUGCUGCCCCAGUGGAAACAACUCCACGGUCACUCGCCUCAUCUACUCCUUCUUCCUGCUUCUGGGGGUGGGCAUCGCCUGCAUCAUGCUGAUGCCCGGCAUGGAGGGGCAGCUCAAGAAGAUUCCAGGCUUUUGUGAGGGAGGAAUUGGAACCUCCAUCCCAGGUGUGAAGGGACACGUGAACUGUGAUGUGCUGGUGGGCUACAAGGCUGUGUACCGUGUGUGCUUUGGCAUGGCCAUGUUCUUCCUCCUCUUCUCUCUCCUCAUGAUCAAGGUUAAGAGCAGCCAAGAUCCACGAGCUUCUGUACACAACGGGUUUUGGUUCUUCAAGUUCGCUGCUGCUACUGCUAUCACUGUCGGAGCGUUCUUCAUUCCAGAGGGUCCUUUUACAACCGUGUGGUUCUACAUUGGCAUGGCUGGCGCUUUCUGUUUCAUUCUGAUUCAGCUGGUGCUUCUUAUCGACUUUGCUCACUCCUGGAAUGAGUCCUGGGUGGAGAAGAUGGAGGAGGGGAACUCUCGCUGCUGGUACGCAGCUCUUCUUACUGCCACAGCCUUGAACUACGCUCUGUCCUUGGUGUGUGUGGUGAUGUUCUACGUGUACUACACCCACACUGAAGGCUGCACUGAGAACAAGGCCUUCAUCAGCGUCAACAUGCUGCUGUGUGUGGGAGCCUCCAUCAUGUCCAUUUUGCCCAAAAUUCAGGAAUCACAGCCCAGGUCUGGUCUCCUGCAGUCCUCCGUCGUCACCCUGUACACUAUGUAUCUGACCUGGUCUGCUAUGACCAAUGAGCCUGACCGCAAAUGCAACCCUAGUCUGCUGGGCAUUAUUGGGCUGAACAGCACCACCCCAGCUGCCCCAGGUCACGUGGUCCAGUGGUGGGAUGCCCAGGGCAUUGUGGGAUUGAUCCUGUUCCUGAUGUGUGUUUUGUAUUCCAGCAUCCGCAAUUCUAACAACGCUCAAGUCAACAAGUUGACGCUGACUAGCGACGAGUCCGCUCUGAUCGAGGACGGUCCAGCGCCGGAGAAUUUCGACGAGGGAGACGGGUCAAACCGGGCCGUGGACAACGAGAAGGAUGGCGUCACGUACAGCUACUCUUUCUUCCACUUCAUGCUCUUCCUGGCCUCUCUUUACAUCAUGAUGACUUUGACCAACUGGUACAGCCCUGACUCCAACUACGAGGCGAUGACCAGCAAGUGGCCUUCGGUAUGGGUGAAGAUCUCGUCCAGCUGGAUCUGUAUCUCUCUGUAUGUCUGGACCCUGGUGGCUCCGCUCGUCCUUACCAACCGCGACUUCGACUGACCGCGCGGAAGAGAGAAGGCUUUACUCUAACCUUGCCCUUCAUCAUUGUGAAUAUCCGCCUGUAAAAGCAGGGCAGGUCGGCUCAUAAUUGUAAAUAAGCUGAAGCUGGUGCAUUCCCCUGUGGUUAAUCCUCAGUUUUGGUGUAACUGUUGCAUGUUAUGUAGUGAUAUUUAUUUGUGCUGUACGUUGUUGUAAGCAGUCAAAAAAUUAGCCAGGCUUGAGUUUUGUAAAGAAGCACAGGAAUAUGUGUACAUCCUAAAGAAAGAUAAAAAAGGAAUCAUUGUAAAAUUUUGAUUUAAGUAGCUUGGGCUUGACAUCUUUACCAUAAUUUAUUCAUGAAGCUGUAGGAGCAAGAUGCGUCAUCUUAUAAAACAAAUUUCCUGUAGCGUGGGCAUAAGAGUUCAGUAUUACAAAUUUAACAAAUAUCAUUGCUAAGUAGAAGUUUAGAUUCGCUGCUUUUUUCCAUUCCUAACACAUUUUUUGCAUCAUUUAGGAUAUCCUUUCCAAAACAUAGGUCAUGUGAAAUACUGUUUUAUUAACACCAGUGUUGGUGCAUGUUAAUGAAUUUCCAGGCUUUUAGUUAGGACUGUAAAACACUACAGUGCUAAUCCUUUUGCAACUUGCACAGGUUAGUGGAGUUUUGAAGUUUUAUUGUGUUUUGAAAUUUUUUGCACUGAUUCAUUGCUUUACAAACUCAUGUUAAGAUGAUAUAAUUUCACAUGUGGAAUUUGCUUCUAUGCCAUGUAGAUGUGUGUGUUACCAGCCUGCUGGAGCUAAUAUUCUAGUAGCUGCUGUUAUGUAACAUUACAGGCGCUGACGUGUGAUGCCUUAGUGUAUUCUUUUUGUCCUUUUGACAUGUGCAUUGUAAUUUAUCUUGUCAAUCAUUAAAGGUUUAAAGCCCCUA